GAUGACGCUUAACUUCUAUGGAGACGGCGGACGCUUGGGCAGAAAGAAAACAGUGAAUAUGAUUUUAAGUUGACGCGUUUAAAUGCGGAUGAAUCGAUAUAUAAAGACGUGAAGAGCACACGAGUUUAUCGCGCAGUGUCCGAUCAGAAUGGUGUUCUACUGUUGUCCGCAAUAUCGCAUCGUUUAACUUUUAAGAUCAGGACGCAAGUGGUGUGUGGCGUAUUGCCCGGAUAUACAGCAUCUUCUUUGUGGGGAAUGUGGCGGCGAGGCGGGCACAGUCGCGCUCUGGACCGAGCAGAAGCGCUGCUCUCCUCCAGGGGUCACAGCGAUGCGGCCGCUGGGGUCACGAAGGCAUCUCCCGUUAAAGCUCCUGCUAAAACCGUUGCAGCAGUGUCCGGCAGAUCUUCAUUGAAGGCCAAGCAGCCGGCACUUUCGGACCUGAGUGACCUGUCCUCCAUCAGCGUGCCCUCUGAACUUGGACUAAUGGCCUCAGCCAAUGUCCAGAACACCCAAGGGAGAGAGGAGACAGUGGGGGGAGCAGGAAGCAGGUUCCUAAAGAAACCAUCAACACUUGCAAUGAAGAGCAGCCCUUCAUCUCUUGGCAAGAGUCAACCUGAACCUAGGUCAACGCAGCUGAGCUCUCAAACAGCUGCUUUGAGAAGGCUUGCUCAAAUUGAGAGUCGUUUUCAGAUCACUAAGCAAGUACAGGAGCCGAGGAACCAAGAUCAAGCACCAGUCCAUCAUCUCCAAGCUUACCAGAGUCCUGUACCAACAGCAGUACCUCAAGCCAGCCUUGAAACAAAGAACCGCUUCCUCAAAAAGAAGCCCAGUGUCGCUGCAGAUCCUUCUACUUCUGGGGGCGCUUCAGGCGCUUUCAAAUCCAGGACUGAAGGUGCUGAGGUGGAGGCCUCCGGGAAAGACCUUUCAGGACUGAAUUAUCACAUGAGCCUGAGCGAUGAAGAGGAUAUUAGGGAACUGCUUGGCAGUUCUGUGGAUUCAAGUGAUGACAGUGUGUUAGGGCCCACGUCCACCAGGAAGGUGAAUCAGAGUGACGCUUCCAAGGCUCCUUCCCUCGAACCCUCUCCUGCUUCGGUCAGCAAGUCCAGCAAUAAGCCGUUGCAGUCACCUGCUUCUCCUGCUCUCUGCAACUCUCCCUUUCGAUUCACUGGUCUGGCGCAUUCCCACUACAGCCCCUCAGCAGCUUCUCCUACUCCGUCCCCACCGAUAAGCGAGAUCCUGCCGCAUUCUGUCUCGCCUGCGUCGGCCCGAGAGAAUGUGCUGUCGUUGGAUGAGCUGUUUCCUGCGGAGCAUACUGAGAGAAGCUCCACCCCAUCUCACUCGCGACACCACAUCAAAGUGAUGGGGUUAGAUCAGCUUGCCUCUGCAUCCCCUGCAUUCACAGAGGCCGACAUACUGCAGGACAUCACCGAGUCCCCUGUGGAUCAUCAGCACACAGAGGUGGAAGAAGUGCACUAUUACAGUGACUUUGAGAGCGAAACACAUACAGCAGCCAGCCAAGUCUCUGAGCAUGUGCCAGAAGAAAUAGAAGCUGUCGAGACAAUGCAAGAAGACAACGCCUCCUUCACAACCCGUUGUGAGAGCAGCUCACACACCUCCCAUCAAAGUCCUGUGUCACGUUCCUCCAGCAGGAAUACAAGUUCAGACUCCAGGCACUCACUCUCAGGCAGCAGCUCCACAUUGACUGAAAAGCUUUUCAAAGAAGCAGCGGUACAAACACAUCCAGAGCCCCUGUCAGCAUCAUGGUCAGCAGGUUUGGCUGCAGCCAUUUCCGCUGGGCAAGUGAGCCACACCACCCCACUAGCCGCUCAAAAUAUUCAAGCCUUACAGUCUUUCAAUCCAGCUGGCAAAGCGCUACAUGAGGUGCUCCAACAGCAGCUGGUCAUGAUGAGGUCUUUCAUUGAGCGCAGCCGCCACCUUCAUGCCAGCCUGAUGCAGAGUUUAGAGCCACCAACCUACAGAUACACCACCCUGGAGGACACCAUGAAGUCAAUACGGCAGCACAGAAAGUCUCAGCUGCAACUGAAGGACACCUGAUGAAAGACUUUGUAUUGAUGUCAUCCACAGUGUUUUUAGUAAACAUCACUACAAACCUCCAAACUCACCAGAUUAAAUCUGGUGCAUGGACACUGCUCCAUUAAGCUUCAUCCAUAAACCCACCGCAAGACAUAAGUAAAAUGUGCAAUAUUUUUUUCAUCAUUGCAAAUAAGAUAUUAUUUGAAAUAGUGUUCGAUUCACAGUUUACAACUCUGUAAUAAUAAUUUUAUGUUGUUGAGUGUUACUUAGCUUUAUACUGAUUAUACCUCUAUGAACUAUGAAAGUAAUGUUUUUAAAAGUGUUAAAACUGCAUCAGUAUUUCAGCAGAGGUCUGUGGAUCUGUCCUGUGCCUUGCAAUAACUGUGCUGGUCAAUGCUUCUACAGUUGAAAAUAAAGAGUUUAACUAGCAAAAAAACCACAAAUAUUAAUACUCAUUCAUUUAACCCAAAAUUUGAGAGUGAGUGAGAUCAUAUUAAUAUCGACAGUGAAGGUCAAUCAAGGGAAGGUAACAAAAGAUUUAUUUAGAAAUCAGAAUCAUUGCACAAGUGUUCAUCGUAAUCUCUGUGCUGAUUACCAGUGCGUGCCAUGACAUGACCCUUUAAAAUGCAGUAAAAUGUCCCAACCUAAAUACUGUAGUGAGGAAGGUGUGUUCGUGAAGGCACAAAUCCAAACUCAAUGGUACGAUAUCAGUAGGGGUCGUUGAAGGGGUAGAAAAGAUGUCCAGCAUCCCUCGGCACACGCUGGCCUCCCACCUGCCGAGUCAGCAACAUCAGUCACGUGAAUCACUGCCAGCAAGAGAUUUGUGAUUUUCUGUCGACAUUCUGUUGACUUCACACUGCUCUUAGCAUG